AUGAGUCAACAGCCGGGUGUGAAUGCAGCAGGUAGUUAUUUACAUUCUGCUACAAACACGGCACCUGGGUCAACUGUGGUAUCUGAUUGUUGGUGCCUUGCUGCAGCGGAGUCUUGCGAAGCUGCUGCAAGCAUGACGUGGAAGGGCUUGGCUGAGAUAACAGCUGUGCAAUCUUUGAUUGAUUUACUUCAGUUGGCUCCACCUGGUGGCUCUUCAUGUGUAGCAGACACUCUUGUGGAUGUAGAUAUUGCUGAAUUUCUUACUGAAGCUGCAGCAACACAAAGUGAUCAUCUAUUGGGUCUUGUGCAGUCACUGUCUGAUGAUACUUCCUUUAACAUGAGUUGUGGAGAUGGAAUUAAGCAAAGGCAACGUAAAGAAAUGACUUUGAAGCUUAUUGAAGAACACAUUUCUUCAGUUUGCUCCACUUACAUAUUGGAAAGAGAAGUGUUUGUGAAUGACCUCAGUGUGUGCUAUGGUGUCUUAACCUCUCUUGUUGCACUCUACAAUGAACCAGCAGUAGAUAAAAAUAAUGUGACACAGAGACUUGUAACAAAUGGAAACCAUACCUCACUAAAGAAAGUGUGUGGCUUGGUGUUAAGUGAACUCCUUGUGGACUUAUCGUGUUCUGCACUUGAUAUUGCAAAAUACUGGCCCGGUGGCUGCAAUGCAUUUAAAAGAGAUCUUAGUGCAGGAAUUUUAAGCCUUCCUCCAGGUACAAGACACUGGUAUCAAAUAUUGAAAAUGCAGGAGGUACCACAACAUGUAAAGAAUUGCAUACUCAUCUAUUUUUACUUCCUGAUUCUUUUAAUAAGGGCUGAAGAUGUCAACAUGGAUUUGUCAGCACUCGUUGCAUACCUUCUUCUGUUUCCUGACGGUCUUAUCCUUCCUUUGCCGGUCUUAAAAGUUCUGUUCCUCGUAUUUUCUGUAGCCACUUUAUCGUCAAAGAACAAUGUGCAUCCUGAUCUCUUUAAUAAGGCCAACAAAGUGCUUUUAAAUACAAUAGAAAAGUGUGACAGAUUUCCAGUAAUAUACAGUCAUCAUCCAGCAUUGUUAUAUUGGGCAUUUCUGUCAAAUGAAGUGCCUUACAGGUUUCAAUGUGAUAUACUGCAACUGUGGUUGGAGCAUGAAGAAGAUGAUGCAGGAGGAAUUCUGACUCACCUCCUUCUCACUAAAUAUGAAGCAAGCUUCUGUCUCUUGUAUUUUUUUCUUAUAAAGGAUGUUAUUCAGCAAAGCAAAAACCCAGUUCUGUCAAGAGGAAUGUUAGUGUUCAACAAAGCUAUGUUACAUGAGCAACAAAAUAAUAAAGAUAUUCUGAUAGGUUUACUGUGGAAUAUGCUACCGAGGGUGCUAGCAAAAUACAGCACUGGGAUCACCCCACUUUGUGAUGUAAAUGUAGCCACAUUUAUGCAGUUGGCUUGUGUUUCAUCCCCUGGUCAUCUAAAUGCAACAGAUGUAGCUCGUGCAGCUCUUUUUGUGUCUAUCAUACUUUCUAGUCAAAAGUCAUCAUCUUUGGAAUUUGAUGUAGCAGCUGUGCGACUUGCCUUACAUCUGCUUCUGGCUUCCGUUGAGUCAAGGGAUAUAAGAGUUCCUAUAGCUUACAUAAAACAAAGGAAUUUCCUUAGAAGGCUGCAUGAAGCUUGUGAAUCUCCAGACACUGAAAUUUGCUCCAGUUCUGUCAACCUUUUAGCAAAGCUUUUGUUCCUUCAAGAAAAAUUACGCCUAGCAAAUUCCAUUACUGUUUCAUUUGUAUUAACACUUUUGGAUUUAUCAGGAGGCUUCAUAACACGAACAGAGUUGGCAUUAAAUGGCAGACAGUGUAUGCAGUAUAUCAACUUAGAAGGAAAAAAGUUGUUGAAACUCUUGUCACACACAGAUGUAAAUAUUUUGAAAGCAAGUGUUGAGUUAGUAGUCAUGCUGGUGAAAACUAAGGCAACUGUUCCUAUAGUAAAAAUUGCACUGGAUGGCGGUUAUGCAAAAUCAAACAGAUUUAUUUUGGUACUGUUUGGAAAAAUUCAGGAUGUCUGCUGCAAGAGGCUUCCUGGCAUACAGGAAAGUUGCUGGCAAUGCCUGGGCACCAUUCUGGCGUAUGCAGCACAUCGUCAUGUGGAUCCUGCUUUGCUACCAUUACUCGCCACACAGCCAUGGACUCAUGUAUUGGUGCGAGUGGAACUAGGAUGUGGCAGCUCACGCAUCUCACCUGGCUUCUUGUACUUUGUGUGCUGUUGGCUACUAUAUUAUCAGCGCAGCAAGGUCGAACCAACCCACAACUGCUUUCAAAGCAAGCGUAUGUUCCCAGAUUUAUUGUCUGUCAGUGCCACUAGGAUAGCCACAGCGCUACUCAACCAGACUGUGCAGUGUAACAACAAUGAUCGGCAACACAAGCUGUAUCUCACAGCCCUGCUGAGGUUAGUUAAGAGUUGUGAUGGAGCGCAGAGAGGCUGUUCCUAG